AUGAGUGCAUCUCAAGACGGCAGCUCCUCCGAGCUGACCGUGGCCGUCCUCGGCUGCGGGACUAUGGGCAUCGCCAUUCUCUCCGGCAUUCUCGCCUCGAUCAGCGAAAUGCAAGACGCCAACAUCAAACCCUCUGUCUCGGGCACCUCCACCCCGCUCUACGAAACCACCACCACCACCCGUCUCCCCUCGCGCUUCAUCGCUUGCGUGCGCCGCCCCGAGUCGGUCAAGAAACUCAAAGCGACUUUCGCCGCGCACCUCUCGGCCGUGACCAUCGCGCAGAACAACAACGUUGCCUCGGUCCGGAAAGCCGACGUCGUCAUCCUCGCCUGCAAACCCUACAUGGUGCAGGAGGUCCUCUCCGAAGCCGGACUCGCGGCGGCGCUCGACGGCAAGCUGCUGAUCAGCAUCCUCGCGGGCGUGACCGAGUCCCAAAUCGAAUCGACCCUCGCAGCAGCCAACGACCAAAAGCCGGUACCGUGCCGCGUGGUGCGGGCGAUGCCCAACACGGCGUCGCUGAUACGCGAGAGCAUGACGGUGAUCGGCAUCUCCAACCCGCCGCUGGACCCGGACACGCUGGGGCUGGUGACGUGGAUCUUCAAGCGCAUCGGCGAGGUGGUCUACCUGCCGCCGUCGACCAUGGACGUGUGCACGUCGCUGUGCGGCUCCGGCCCGGCCUUCUUCGCGCUCAUGCUCGAGGCCGCCAUUGACGGCGCCGUCGCCAUGGGCCUGCCCCGCGCCGAAGCCCAGCGCAUGGCCGCGCAGACCAUGAAGGGCGCGGCGGGGCUGGUGCUGAAUGGGGAUCACCCUGCGCUGUUGAGGGAUAAGGUCAGCACGCCGGGUGGGUGCACGAUCGGGGGGUUGUUGGUGUUGGAGGAGGGGCGGGUGAGGGGCACGGUUGCGCGGGCGGUGAGGGAGGCGACGGUCGUGGCGAGCCAGCUUGGGCAGGGUGUGCAGGGGGUGAAUGGGACGAGGUUUCCUGGGAGCCAGUUGCAGUAG